CUGAAGAACAAUAAAGACACUUAAGUUCAUAGUCAUCGAUUUACAACUGUUAUCAAUUUUAUAAUAAGCAAAUACAACAGGGGGGCUGUCGCAUUGCAGUUCAAUAUAACUAUAAUAGGAUUGGUAUGUAGCAAAAGCCCCCUGAAUGAAUUAAUUGUCUAUUUCGAUCAAAGGUUGUUUUCCUUCUCUAAAACAUUAAAUAUGUCUAAUAUUACAAUCAAUAUUACAAAAAGCACACGCUCUAACAUAAACGUUAGUAUUGAUUCUCUAAACAAUCAACAUUCUGAUAACAGCAAAAGCGAUACGCCCCGAAAGAGGCAACGGGCAGACACAGCCAAGGAAAACGAUAAAAUCCUGGAGGGAUUCAACGAGUCAGUUGGCACUCUUAUAAAAAUCAAGGCUAUUAAAUUAUACACUGAUAACUUUUAUCAUAAAUUAAACAACACAAAAAAAAAAUUUCAAUCAGCAACGGAUUGAAUAGCAUCCUGGAUCUUACAGACAAUGACUGUAACAAAGGAAGUCAAAGAAGGCCAUUCACAGACAGCCAAUGGAGAGAGAUGAACCUCCUCUGGAACAAGAGAAAAGUAUGGAAGCCCAUCGAGGAUGAAGUACAAAAAAAUUUGAAAAAAAUUGAGCUGCUUGCUGUAGGCGAUAUUCAAGCAGCCUAUGUAAAAAGCUUAGAAUUUCAAUUCAAGCACGCUUUAAGUGUCAAGGAAGCGUACUUCGAA